GUUGUGUGAAGGUACUAUAACAACCUGUAUUCUUUUAAAUUCUCAUUAAGUUAUAAAUCAUCAAUUUUAUCAUCGGCAUCUCAUUCUUAUCUAUCAUUUCAUAAUGGUUUACAACUAUACCAAGCCACGGGGUCCUAUAGCGGCUAUGUAUAGUAGCCCAGGGCCUUGUUAUUCACUACCUGGCCUUGUUGGUUAUGCAAAUCAUGAUCCACGUUCUAAUCAUCUCCGUGGGGCUCAAUGGUCUUUCGGCAUCAGACACGGAAAGUUUAGUGACGAAAGCAGUCCUGGACCAUGCUAUUAUCCAGACUCUAAGGUUCUUCGUGACGGAAAGGAUGGAACACCUCAUUAUUCCCUCUACAGCAGACAAAAGGAAUCAAUGAUAUUUUCCAAUCCCGGGCCCGGAGCAUACACCCCUGAAAAUAGUGAUCAUUCGGUUUUUCAUAAAGCCCCUGCAUAUUCCUUGAGCUCCCGAAACAAAGAAUUUAAAACAGACGAUGUUCCUGGACCCAACAGAUAUAAUGUAGACCCUAUGCUUGGAAAAACAGUACGUAGUCAAAAGCAGUCAGCCCCUGCCUAUUCUUUAUCAAGUAGAACAAAACUCUUUGGUGCUGCUGAGACACCUGGUGCUGGCGCAUAUAACGUUACUGACCUCAAUUUGUAUCAUGAAGCGGCUCCUAAGUAUUCAGUCACGGGGAGAAACCAGCUCCCAACUGAUUCAACCAGAAAACCUGGACCUGGGGCCUAUCAUCCUGAAAAGGUAAAUGCAACUUCAAGGUCCGCACCACAAUUCUCAUUUGGUAUUCGUCAUUCACAAUACAAGGGUGAAUUUAUAACAGAUGCUGAUCUGGAACAGUAAAUAUGCAUCAAGGAUUUGCAAUGGAAAAUAUUGCAUUGAUCUUUCGGAAUCCAGAUUUACAGUCUAAACAUUAUGAAUGUAACUUAUUACGUAUUCACAGGUGAACUUGAAUUCCAUUUAUCUGCAAUGAAAAACAAACAUACUUUAUUACAUCUUAUCUUUACAAAUCGUAUUCUUCUCCUUUUAUUGUCCUAGUUCAAUAACAGCCUUUAUUAAAUUCACUAAGUUAAAUCCACUAUUUUUCUAUUUCAGCGCUCUAUAAAUCAUUAAAUAGAGAGAAGUUUACUUAAAACUUUGUGAUGAUUUUCUGGGAAAAAUUUUAACUGAUUGUGGUUAAACAAAAAGGAGGGAAUAGUCGUGUCUCAC